AUUUUUGCUGACGAUCGUUGAUGUGCAGAAACAUAACGUACAUUUGUUUGUCAAACAAAACCAAAACUGCACGUAAAUUUUUGUUCAGUUUUUAGGCAAUGAGCUAUAAAACAAUAACGUAUUUACUGCGGCUGAUACUGUUUAGAGUAUAAAGUGUUACAUUCAUAUAAUUCACAAUGAAUCCUAUGACAAACGUGAAAAAUGUUUUAAAGUUAAGUGAACGUGAACUGACAGGAAAUUCCAAAAAUUCAUGGCAUGACCAAUAUAAGGACAGUGCGUGGAUAUUUGUUGGUGGAUUGCCGUAUGACCUUACUGAAGGGGAUAUAAUUUGUGUAUUUUCACAGUAUGGUGAGAUUGUCAAUAUAAAUUUGGUACGGGAUAAAGCAACAGGGAAAUCUAAAGGAUAUGCAUUUAUUUGUUAUGAAGACCAACGCUCCACUAUAUUAGCAGUAGACAACCUGAAUGGAAUAAAAAUUCUAGGGAGAACUUUACGAGUAGAUCACUGUGAGCAGUAUCGAGCACCAAAUGCCGACAUGACUAAGAUUGAUGAGCUCACGGCUUCCAUCAGGUCAGGGGGUUGUGCUCCAGUUGUCGCAACAGCACCACUAAUUCCAAAGACUGAAAUUAAACAGGAGAAAGAACCUAAAGAAAAGAAAAAAAAGAAAGAGAAGAAAAGCAAAAAGAAGAAGAAAAAGAAAUGUAAAAGUUCCAGCUCAGAUUCUAGUUCAGACUAAUAAAAAUAAACUUAAUAUUUCAAAAUAA